ACACACACACACACACAGCUCAGUGUGCAGAGCUCCAGCAGCAUGAAGGACGUGAGUCUGCCGCGGAUCGUGGUGAUUAUUGUGUGUUCGGUGGUUUUUGUCGUCGUGUUGAUCGUGAACGCGUUGGCUGGAGCCGGCAGAGGUCCUUUCCAUGUCAGUACCGGUAACGUGUCAGGCCGCUAUGAGACCGGCAUCACUCCCGCCGGCUGGACCUUCUCCAUCUGGGGGGUGAUCUACACCUGGCUCACCCUCAUGGUCAUGUACCUCACUACUUAUGUCUUCAGGGGGUCCUGGGCCCAGUCUCUGCUGCCCUGCUCCUUCUACUUCUGCUGGCUGUCCAACCUGCUGCUCAACAUGAUCUGGCUGCUGCUGUGGGACAGAGAGAUGAUGCUUCCUGCUCUGGUGGUGCUGGUCCUGGUGGUGAUCACCAACUACAGCGCUCUGUCCACCGCCUGCUACGCCACCGAUUACUACGGUCUCUGGCUGCAGACGUACCACCGCAAGGACCUGUGCUGCCUCAGAGUCCUGGUCCAGAACGGUCUGGCUCUCUACACCACCUGGACCACCAUCGCCUCUCUGAUCAACUUCUCCAUCGUGCUCCACCUGUGGGGCGUGGACAAGAGCACGGCCGCCACCGCCUCGCUCUGCAUCCUGUUUGCUGAGGUGGUGGCAUGGUUCAUCCUGGAGAACUGGUUCCUGGACCGCUGGGUGCGUAACAUCCUGACCGUGUACCCUGUGAUCAUCGUGGCUCUGGUUGGAAACGUCCUCAGACACUUUGACCCUGAUGACCCCACUCCCAACACCGUCUUCAUGGUGGUGCUGCUGGUGGUGGCGUGCGUGCUGCUGCUGUCUCGCCUCUGCACCGUCAUCUGGAGGAACAGAUGGCGCCCGCUCUACUCGCCGGGCUCAGCACGCCUCAUGGUGUCACCGCUCGACGGCAGAACCUUCAAGAUCUUUACUUAAACAGCAGGAACUGGUUUAGAACCUCCUGCAGCCUUUAAACCCUUAAUGACAUGUUGACAUAGCGCUGUGAGGCUCCAUGAGGCUUCACAGUGCAGACGCUGUUUGACUAGUCAACAUGAUAACACGUUUCAUCUUUAAUAGACUUUUCUCCUCCUGCUGCAGCUAAGACUCUGCAGCAAUGCUAAACUUUACAUCAACUACUACAUACAUUAAUACCGUCUACAUGUCAAGCACUUUGAUAGAAAUGCAUGCAAAUGAUCUGCCUCUUGUUUUUGUAUUGCUAUUUCAAAGAAGUUUUAUUGUUGCAUUUAUGGCUUUGUUAAUAUGUAUCCAUUCACUGGCACUAGACUAGAUACUGUCAAUAUGUGUUGGCUUUUAUAAAAUGUCAUUAGAAUAAUAUGCUGAAGAGCUUUGUUGAAUUAAUUCUGAUUGGCCAAUUAAAACAUUCUUUUUUAUUUCA